AUGGCUGCAGGAGGUAGCGGAGAUGUCUUCGACAUCCUUAAGGAUGCUGGCUCUCCAGACACCAUUGCCGCCCAACGAGCUGCCCAGAAAGCCCAUGACGAAGAGAUUUCUGUAAAAGCACAACGUCGGGCCGCCGAAGCAAUCCAGGAACAUUCGUCGCAGCCGGUUUAUUUCGACUCGAUCACGGUUCUUGGCGCACCGAGGACCCGUCGGUCGUUCUUUGAGAAGCUUGUGAAGCCGGCUCUUGACAGAAGUGAUCAGGGAGACUUCACACUCAAGGAUGCACUUCGGGAACUAUCAAAAACUAUCAAUGGACUACAGCAUUUUGAAAUAUUUAACCAGAACAUCCCAUUCUACAUCGAUACCCCAUCCGACUACAACUAUGACCCAAAAACCCCGAAUAAUCCGAUUCCUCUCUCAGCUAUCAUAAACGUCAAGGAAAGGUCUCGACUCCUUCUCAAAUCCGGCACGGAUCUCGGCAAUACCGAAGGCUCUGCCUAUGUCCAAGGAUCCCUUCGUAAUGUCUUUGGUGGCGCCGAAUUCCUCCAUCUCAGCGCCUCGAAGGGUACUCGAACUCGCUCGGCAUACGAUGCUACCUUUACGACUCCCAUAAACUCCAGUCCUCUCGCAGCUAUCGAACUCAAAGGUCUUUCUACAGCACGGGAUAACUCCCAUUCCGGCCAUACUGAACUCUCAAAGGGAUUUAUUGGUACCGUUCGAUGGGCCACUCCUGCAUAUAAACUCAAACAAUCGAUAAGCUACGAGGGUCUUUGGCGUACUUUGACAGAAUUCAAUGAUGAUACUAGUGAAGCCGUCCUUCGAGAUUCCGGGGAUAGUAUGAAGUCUGCAAUUACACAUCUUCUUACCCGUGAUACUCGCGACAAUCCGAUUUUACCUUCAUCCGGUACCUUGUUAAGACUACGAAAUUCUAUUGCUGGAAUUGGGCCGUUGAAAGGUACAGUGGCGCAUUGGAAAUCCGAAGCGGAAACUGCAUUGGCAUACCCACUGUUCAAGGGUAUUACGGUCAGUAGCAGUCUUAGAGGUGGUAUUUUAUACCCCUUGGUGUCAGGAGAUUCGGGACCAAAGCCUAGUACUAUCGCCGACAGGUUCCAUAUUGGAGGUGCUAACGAUGUGAGAGGCUUUCAAACUGGUGGAUUGGGACCGCAUUCCGGGAAGGACUCCUUGGGUGGAGAUGCAUUUGUCGCUGGAAGCUUAGGAUUACUAUUCCCAUUCCCAAGGGUGGGGACAAACAGUGGACUGAGAUUCCAAGCUUUCAUCAACGGUGGGAGGUUACUGGCUCUGGAGAGACCACCAGAUGUCCAAGACAUGAACAUUGCACAGGGGAUGAAAUAUACCGUCUCGAGGUUACUCACCGAGGCGCCGAGUCUGGCAGCUGGAGUAGGGAUUGUCUAUGGCCAUCCAGUUGCAAGAUUCGAGCUGAACUUCUGUCUUCCCAUUGGAGUGAGAGGUACAUAUGGAGAGGAAGGAGCAGAGAGGGCGAGGAAGGGACUUCAGUUUGGGGUCGGGGUUGAAUUCGCAUAG